UUUUAUUAGUUUUUCACAUCAUUUUUUUUUAGUUUUUCACCUAGUUAACCCUUCCCAUUCAACAAGAAUUGAUCAAUCGCCAUGAUUGUGUGAAUUCUACUCGAUUUACAAUCAGCUCCAGAUAUCCCAUGAUCUGUUCUUAUGUCAACACACAGAAACCCACGAACUCCUUAAUAUCGAAGAUUCAUUCCUUCCGACAAUCUUUUCGGAGAGUAUAGACAGAGGGAGAGGGUUUUGCUCUUUACGGGAGAGCAUCGCCAUUUACCAAUAGCUGAGCUAGGAAAUGGGGUGUUCUUUUUCAGGAUUAAACGCCCUAUACGACGCCGUUAACGGAGGCGCUGAUGUUUGGAUCAACGACAACCGCUUCAAGAUCGUCCGCCAGCUCGGCGAGGGUGGUUUUGCCUACGUCUUCCUUGUUAGGGAGGCCUUCACCGCCGCUUCCGGCGGUGGCGUCUCUAAGAAGUUCAAAGACCCCUCUCACAUCGCCGAGGAUGGAACGUAUGCGAUGAAGAAAGUUUUGAUUCAGAAUAAUGAUCAGCUGGAGUUGGUGAAGGAAGAGAUCCGUGUAUCCGCCUUGUUUAGCCACCCGAAUCUGCUGCCAUUGUUGGAUCAUGCCAUUAUUCCAGUAAAGGCCACACCGGAACAACCUUGGACACAUGAAGCAUACCUGUUGUUUCCAGUUCAUCUGGAUGGGACUUUGUUGGACAAUUCAACAACAAUGAAAUCUAAAAAACAGUUUUUUUCUACAUCUGAUGUUCUUCAUAUUUUCCGACAGUUGUGUGCAGGACUGAAGCAUUUGCAUUCUCUUGACCCUCCAUACGCACAUAACGAUGUAAAACCGGGAAAUGUCCUUUUAACACAUCGUAAAGGUCAGCCACCUCUCGCCGUAUUGAUGGAUUUUGGAAGUGCGCGUCCUGCUAAAAGGCAAAUCCGCUCUCGAUCAGAGGCACUGCAGUUGCAGGAAUGGGCAUCAGAGCAUGUUUCAGCACCCUUCCGAGCUCCAGAGCUAUGGGAUUGCCCAAGUCAAAUAGACAUCGAUGAACGAACUGAUAUAUGGUCACUGGGUUGCACUUUGUUUGCCAUAAUGUAUGGCGUGUCUCCAUUUGAGUAUGCGUUAGGGGAAUCAGGAGGGAGCUUGCAAUUGGCUAUUAUGAAUGGACAGAUAAAGUGGCCAAGUGCAACAGGAGGAGGAGGAGUUCCAAAACCACCAUAUCCAGAUGCUCUUCAUCAGUUUGUAUCAUGGAUGCUACAGCCUCAACCCACGGUUCGACCAUUGAUAGAUGACAUCAUCAUUCAUGUUGACAAGUUCUUGUUCUUGCACAAGACCCUCAUUCUGUACCAUUUUCCUUUUUUUUUCUUUGGCAGCCCUUUUGGUCCAUUUUUGAUUCAAAUUGGCUGGAGUAACAACUUUAUCCACUGUUCAUUGAAAAUAUUAAUCUUUAUGUUCCUGCUUUGA